AUGUCUUCCCAGACGAUUCGCCUGCGUCUAGUCAUCCGCAGACAUUCCGUCCCUGAAGUCAAGCUCGUUUGGCCCUGCAUCGCAAACGACGACCUCACCGUUUCAAAGUUCCUCGCACUCGUUAACGAGGUUGUUCCGCUCGAGAGCCCAGAUUGGGGUCUUGAGGAUUAUGUUGUUGAGCUAGCCGAUGGCAAGGGCGAUAGUUUCGAGCUGCUGCAUUUUCAGCCCGUCGGCAAAGUUUUGAAGGAAGAUGACCAAGUUUUAAUUAGAUCACUCUCCACGGACGACCUGAGGAGAAGAAGACUUAAUGGGCGACACCAAAUAUCCCUGGACGGAAAGCAUCUUAUCGAUGGCCUGGCUUUUGGUAGGCCUUGGUUAAGGGCGCCGCGCGAUCGCCCAGCACUCGACCUACCCCCACGAAAACGAGCACGUAUCACACACGAAGAAGAGCUCGAAGAAGAAGAAGACUCCGACGAAGAAUAUUCCAGUACAAAUGAAGACGAAUAUUCUAGUACCGAUGAAGAAGAGCCGUCGGAGCAGCUCUUGCUCGAAGAUACUCCCCCAGCCGACGGCCAGGACGAACCAGGCAGUGUGCGCCUUCGAGCUAGAUUCAUAGACACAGAUCAGCUUGGAGAGGAUGAUGACGAGGAGCUCGACGUUGACACUGAUUUCCAACCUACGAAAGAUGGCCAAGCAGAGCUUGAUAAUGACGACGACGGGGAUUCUGAGACCAGCGACGAGGACGAAGACGAGCCGGACGAUGAUCUUGUUGACGAGUUGAAGUUUCUGCAACAAGAUAAUGCCUUAAUUGAGCAAGUACCUGGAAAGGAGCAGCAGAAUUCUCCUAAAAGCAAUCGCCAAGAAGCACAGACACCCUCUUCCGCACCCAAAUUUGACCUUGCUAUGGUCGACAAGAUUACCGCACUGCGAGUCGCGUUUCCUUUCACAUCCCUAUCGACCAUGCAUGAUAUUUUGCAACAAAACGAUAACGAUUUGAAGAAGACGUUCCAGGUCCUUGGCACGACUAAUAGCCCAACGAUCACCUUUGACGAGGUAUUAGAGAUUGCCCUCCUUGGCGUCGUUUUCAACACCAGCCAGCCUAGUCCUAAACAAACUGCGGAACAACAUAACCCAGAAGAAGAAGAGAAAGACGAGGAGUUGGAGACACCGACACUACGACUUCCUGGUCAGUCUGAAGCCACAGGCUCGAAACGACCAUUGAUCCAGGAGGUGGAUAAUGAGGAGUCCCCUUCUAGUGCACCAAGCGAAGCGAUGGGUGGAAUAGCGAAACGUUUGAUCAGUGUCGUGGAUGAAGAUGAUGAUACCUCGAGCUCUUCCUACAGUUCGGACUCUGAUUCUGACUCUGACUCUGAUGAAGAUUCGUACAAUGGCCCAGAUAAAGAUUCAGACUCGGAUAGUGAUUCCUCAGACUCGGAAGACGAACCGAUGGGUGAAGCAGAUGAUCCCACACGACACUCGACAGGAGACGCAGGCUCGAGUGAUAUUUCCGACUCAGACUCAGACUCAGAUUCGGAUUCAAGUUCUGACCUGAGCAAGACUGCCGGAGGUGCGAAAACAUCACUUGCACAGGACUCUGACGAUAGCAGCGACAGCUCGAGCGACUCUGACUCCAGCUCAAGUGAUUCGGAUUCGGAGUCAGAGCCCGAGGAGCUUUCGUCGAAAAAGCAGUCUCAGGCAAAGCAGUCGCGAACACCUGCAGUCCCUGAAACGAAGACUGAAAGCCAGGCUCCAAAAUCGGUUCCAGAACGCACUGAAGAUUCGAAGCCACCUGGCGCCGGGUUGACCAGGACCAAGAAGAGGAAUGCCAGAAGACGUGACCACAAGCGAUUGAAAGCUAUGCAAGCUUUGGAAGACACUCAAUCUCAACAGCCUACCAACAAAACGCCUAGCGAGGAUGCCGAAUUUCUCGCCCGAAAGCGUGCCCUCCUAAGUGUUGUCAGCGACGAGAGCGAAAAUGUUCCAAGCCCUCCAAAAGAAACGCCAGCGACUGGCCCCACUCCUAUGAUCGUCGAAGUUGAGACAGAGGAAGCAUCGGCGCCUACGACGCAAGAUGCGGCCUCAAUUGAAGAAUCUGCUCCUCAGCGUCGUCACAAAGUCGACAUGGGAGCCGGACGACGGAUGUUGUUUGGUGCUCUCGGGCUGAAGAACCCCAAGUCUAAAGCUGACGAAGAUAAGCUUCGCAAUAGUUUGAUGAAGGACGUGAAGCCGCUACAAAACCCUCGAGUUCAAGUUGAGGAACCAAAGGCUGAUGAGGCGGAAUCAACAGCAGAUCAAGAGGAUGAAGACCCUGAAGCAUGGCGAAAGAGGAUCUCAUACCGAGCAGUUGAGUGCUGCCAGGAGAACAUCACUUUGAGCGAACCGCCAUUCCCAUUUGUACAACGGUGGGAUCCUCAGCAACAGUAUACAUCCGUGAGAAAGCGAAAGAGGGCUUCGCAAGAGUUCAAUGAUGACAGUUACUACGGAGAAGAAUGGAACGGCGAUCAAGAGUGGCAAGAUGACACUCAAACGAAAAAGAAGAAAAAGUCCAAGAAGCGUAAAGGAAAGGGGGGACAAACCGGAGGAUAUGAUGGAGGGUAUGAAGAGAUGGAGACGACUGAAUAUUCAUAUGCUGAAACAGGAGUCGAUGGUGACGAGGAUGUCGUGCUGAAUUACGAUGACAUACCGACCACGACUAGCAAGCCUCGUCUCCAGGAUACUCAGUUUACAGAGAUGGAUGAUCUCCCUUCACUGCCUUCAGAUCUCACUACCCUUCCCAGUCUCCAACUGUCUGAGACCAAGCCGGGCAUGGUCAUUACCUGGAAGCAACUGCUCAUGUCGAAGGCUACAAAGUGGCAGCCCGAAAUGGUAUCAACGACUGGCCUCAUCUUGUCAAUCAGCGACGACAACUGUCUCAAUGUCCUUUUGGCGAAGAGAGAUAGAGACGAAGAUGACAAAGAAUAUGACCACCACACAGGCCAACGGGUCUACGGAAAGUUCGAGGUACCAGACUUUGACGAAGAUGAGGACAACGAUGAGGAGGAUAGCGGACGAAGAGAAAUUGCCUGGGAAGAAAUGUCCGAUCCAAGAUUGGUUCAACCAGCGCCGGCAGCCGACUCUUCGGAAACACUUGCCAAGGGCACCGAGCUCCCGACUGAGCCCACCAAGCCCGUACAGGACGGAACGGCGAAUACCAAGGUUAGCACGAGAACACACCCCGAUGAGACUAUGGCUGAGGAGUUAGAUACGCAGAAAGUGAGAGCGGAGAUUGAGGCCGAUUUGAAGGAUCGAGAGGCUGCAGAUAAGCCCUCGGGGACCGACAUUCCUUCUGGCCAGCAGCCACCGCGGCUCGAGUUUUCGGGAGAGAACAGCCCGAUCAGCAGUUUUAUUCGACCUCCAAUGGAGACGCCGAGUGAUAUGACUAACAGUCCCACACGCCAACUACGAGAAACAAUGGAGUCGGUUGCUAGAGAGGAUAAUGUUUUAUCGUGCGAUUCGGAAGAAAGAAGUAAUGUGGAGGAAAGGAGAGCUAAUGCAGCGGAUGAGAUGGACGGAGUGAAUGAUGCAAAAGACCUGGACGAGCCGAUGCCGACGGUUGAGGCUGGCUGGGACACAAUUGUUCCUGACAGUAUACCGUUACCAGAACUUCCAGCACUUCCCACCAAAGAUGAUAUACCUAUGGAUAACCGUCUCGCGGUGCCGUCGUCUGUGGGUAGCGUUCGCAGUGGAAGACAGCCACCAUCAAUCAGUGGUCUCGAAGAUCUCCCGGAAGAGCGCGUUGAGGACUCAAUUGUGGACAAUGAUAAAAGAGCAACAAGCCCUCAGAACUCGAUUGUGUCGGUGAGGAGUAGCAGUCCUUUGCCUUCCUUGGAAGAGCUAUUCCAAACGGCCAGGCAAACACAGAGCCCAAUGAAGUUCUCACAGCCGUCUGCUCCUCAGCAUCUAAAGACCGAAAAACAUGAUGCUGAGUAUGAGGAGGCGAUGCGAAAAUUGGAUGAAGGGGAAGACGAGACCGAUCGUUCUUAUCUACACAACAAAUCCUUACGCAGCCUUUUGUCGCAUGCGCCACGAGAGAACAGUCCUUUACAGCGCUCGAUCAAAAUCGAGGCAUCGCAAACAAAGGCCGUCGAAGCUGAGCAAUUUACACCACCGCCUUCGCAAAAGGUCAAGCAAGAAUCACAGGCUAUAGUUGAAGAAGGCGGCCAGGUUAUCGAACUGAGCUCGAGCCCACCAUCUGUGCAGUGCACCGAACACUAUGCCCAAGACAGCGAGGACGAAACAUAUCAUGAAGGUCCUCUGCCGCAAGGUGAAGGUUGGGUACAGAAGAAUUAUAGUGAAAUGAAGACACGAAGCCGAGGCAAGAGUCCCCCAGCGACAACGGCAGCGACAACAGAGAUUAACAAGACGACCACUACUACACAAAGUCGCACUGCGCGUGGACGAACAUGUCUUCCCCCGGUUCGAGAUGCCACUGCCAGUGCCUACAGUCAGAUCAGAGGGCGUAGGAAGCUAACUCGCAAGUUCUGA